GCAAGAAGUGUUUUGUGAAUCUGGGCCCAGGACCUUUGUUUGGGUUUGAGAAGUCAAUGAGAGAAGUGAACAAUUCUUCCCUAGUUGUUAUUUUUCUCGAAAUCAAAAAGGUACAACCUAGAUUCGAGCCAAUCUCUAAGGUAGUUGAACAUGUUAUUACUCCAACCUCGUGAAAGUGACAAACUGAUACAUUUUAAUCAAAAACAACUUUAUCUUUUAUUUAACUAGACAAGUCAGUUAAGAACAAAUUCCUUUUUACAAUGACAGCCAAACUCAGACGACACUGGGCCAAUUGUGUGCCGCCCUAUGGGACUCCCAAUCACAGCCGGAUGUGAUGCAGCCUGGAUUCAAACCAAGGACUGCAGUGACACCUCUUGCACUGAGAUGCAGUGCCUUAGACCGCUGCACCACUCGGGAGAAACAUAUUGAAGGAGUACCUUUAAUUUUGACAACUUGGGCCCAUAUUCACAAAACACUUCUUACGCCAAAACUUAAGAAGGUUCUUAAGAAAAAAAUAGUUCAUAAAAUAGUUCGUAAGUGUAAUUCCUCAACAAUAUCUUAAGAUUUAAGGAUUUUCUUCCGAACUUCCCAAAUAUCUUCUUACAAAUCUUCCAAAGAUGUUUGUUGCUAGGUGUGUUGUUAUGUGUUAGGCAAUCGUUUUAGCUAGCUAGCUAUCUAUUUAGCAAUGGCAAUCUUGUUAGCAUAUUUCUUACUGAGAUUACUGUUCUAAAACAUGUUCUUGGGUUUAAAAUAAUCAAUACUGAAUUUUUCAGAUUAAGUUUGUGUGUGAAUUAAACAUGGUCAAUUGCUUUCAUGAGCUUUUUUCUCUCACUAUCCUGAGUUUAAAACAAGGGUUUAGCUAUCUUGGAAUUAAUAACAUUUCCAAUAACUUAAUUUUUUAUUACAUUUCUUCUUAUUUUUUUGUUUAAGUAUAAACAUAUGAAAUAGCGCAAGAAAAUGUCCAAAAACCUUUUUGAGGAAUUGCACAUUUGCUUAACUUUCUUCUUAAGUAUUUAGUUAAGAAAAAAAUGUCAGUUAACAAGAAAUUGCUUCUUAAGGUUUUGUGAAUCUGGGCCCUGCACCUGCGAAAUUCGGCGCGAAACGACACGAUUUCGUGUUUUUACGCAUUAGUUUAGCUAGCCAACGUUGCCAUGACAUUGACUACAAGUGUGAUGGGGAUUUCUAUUGGAGAAGCAGUUUUAGCAAAGAUAUAACUAAGCCAAGAUAGUUCAUCUGUGUUGUUCACAGUGUGCGCAAAUGAAGCAUAGUGAGCGGAACACGCAAGGACGUCGGAAAAGCCAAGUACUAGCUGGUGAAAUCCUAUUGGCGCGUUGUAGCAUGUAUUUGCAUAUUUCCGUUAGGGAUCGACACGUCUGUGAAGUGCGCGUGUGUACAAACUAAAUUCAUUCCUUCUUAACGUGAUGUUUUACAACUUUGUGCACAGUGUUCGUAACAGAUUCUAGUUUUGGGAACAGAAAAGGGAUCAGAUGUAUCAUGGAUGAGAAAGUUAGCAUAAUGACGGCUCAGUUUCAUCUAGUUCCACUUCCUCUCACUACCCGCGACUGGACUUCCUCUCACUACCAUAUUUGGUGAGAACGUUCUAAACGGAUGCUUCCUUCAGAUAUAUAGCCAUGUGACGUGUCUGGGUUACCUCUUCUCUCUGUGGUCUUCUUACUCUAAUGUCUUUGCCUCUACUACUGGGUUGUCUGGCUAUAUCGUAAAAAUGAAUGAAAACCAAAAUGAGCUUUUUGGUCUUAAUUUAAGGUUAUGGUUAUGUUUAAAAUCACAUUUUAAGAAGACAAAUUGUAGAAAUAGGCGGGGUUUAUGACUUUGUGGCUGUGGUAACUAGUGACGACCCUACUACUGUGAGCAAAUCUACUGCAGCCAAUAUCUGUCUGGUUUAUACCAAAUAAUUACUGAGUGAGCGUCUCGAUCAAGGCGAAUCUUUUCAUAGACAUUAUGUAACUCUCCAUCUUUGCAACAUCACCAAAUGUAGAGUAAGCUAUCAAUUUGCAUCCAGGAGAAUAUUGUUGUUUAUUCAUAAUUUCUUUUCAUUUUGGUGUAAUCCAGGGCUUCACACACCCCUAUGAUUUUCAUAAAAUGGGAACCCUAACUAUUUUAUAGAGGGCUGCGCGCUAGAUAUAAGCUACAUAUUACAAUAAAAAGGAGCUUUCAUUUGUUCAUUUCCUAAUAUCACAAUGUCGGUUGCAUUUUUAUCGGCGCGCCCAAGGAGCAAAGGGGAGGUGACACAACAAACUAUACAAAAGAUGCUGGAUGAAAAUCACCAUCUGAUACAAUGUAUAAUGGAUUACCAGAGCAAAGGAAAAACAGCAGAAUGCACACAGUAUCAGCAGAUCCUUCACAGAAACCUGGUCUAUCUGGCCACGAUAGCAGAUUCUAAUCAGAACAUGCAGUCACUGUUACCUGCGCCUCCUACCGCUAACAUGGGGAGUAUGGGUCCUGGAGGGAUGGGGCAGAACGGGGGCAGUGGGCCCAUACACUCCCAGAGUAACCUAAACGACACCAUGACACCUGGCCUGCCCCCCCCCUCCUUGAUGCAGAGUCAGAUGAGCAAUGUUUCCAUGAUGCAGCAGCAGUCGGCCACACCUCAUUACCCGUCGUCCCAGACUGGGGCCGGGCAGCAGCACUACCAGGGCCAACAGACUGCUAUGGGCAUGUUGGGGCAGAGCGGACAAGGCAACAGUAUGGUGAGCCAGAGGCCCAUGGGGACUUACCGACCCACACAGCAAGGAUGUGCACUGCAGUACAUGGGACAAGACGAGUUCUACGGAGAGCAGUAUGGACACACUCAGAGCUCCAGUGAGCCCAUAAACCAGCAGUAUUACCCUGAUGGUCAUGGCGAGUACUCCUACCAACAGUCGUCCUACGGCGAACAGGGCUAUGAGAGGCCCUUUGACGAGUCCUCACAGCACUACUACGAAGGAGGCAACUCCCAGUACAGUCAGCAGCAAGCCCAGUACCAGCAUGGCUCAGGUCAGCAGCAGCCCUUCAGCCAGCAACAGUACCCCUCACAGCAGGGUUACAGCACACAGCAACAGGGCUAUGGUCCAGGUCAGGGUGCGUCGUCCCAGUACUCCCAGUACCAGCAGGGUCAGGGCCAGGCGUAUAGCUCCUACCGCUCCUCCCAGGCUGCCCCUGGGGCACAGACACAGAGGCCCUACGCUUACGAACAGGUACAGCUACAGCUACCCCCGACCCCACGUUUUGAGGAGGACGGUGCUGUCCAACCAAACAUUGGGGUCAAUAUGGAAACUACCAGCAAUAAGGCACCACCUCCUGGGCAAACUGGUGGACAAGUUAGGCAAGGGAACAGUUCUGUGAAUGCCCCUUAACAGUCAUGUGUAAACCAGUCUCUGAGUAAAUUAGUUAGAUUAAGCUCUGAAUCGUUUUAGUUUGCUGAGAGACAGAUUAGAAGGCUAGACUGUCAGCUCCAUUGUCCACUUGUUCACUAUUUUCUAUCUGAGUAGAGGUUAACUGGUUCAGGAGAUCCUGUAUGAAGCACCUCUCAUCUCUGCUUUCUCUCCUCACCCUCUAUAAGAGGCUUUGAAUUAGGGGGGUAUCUGGUAACAAAUCGGGGCACCCUCAAUAGUAUUAUUAUAUUAACAUGGGCACUAUACGUGUUUUAAACUCAUGUGAAAUGUUAAACCUGCCUCUAAAUGUCUUCCUUCCUUUGUCUGUGACCUCUAUCAGCCUCUACCUGGCUCCUCAUAUCUUCCCUUUCUGUCUUUGUCUUUCACAGGGUGCACAAUACAAGUGCUAUCCUCUGUCUUUAAGAAUGUAAUUGCAAAUGUGCCAAUUAGGUUGUUCACAUUUACAUAAGAUUGAUCUAAUAUAAUACAUUCAGCAUCUAUUUUUCAGUGUAGAGAAUAACUUAGAGUUGACUCUUGAUAAGUGUACUUUGAUUAAGGUGAAAAUGGGGCUUGUCGGUGGUGUUCAACCUGAUGUGUUCAGGUUGUGGUUUUUUUUCCAACUAUGAAGUUGUGUAGGUCAGUGUGUGGUGUGACCGACUGUUUUGUGUUACCACUCUCUCUGUGUAAGAAGAACCAAUGUUUUAGUAAGGUAAUAGACACAAUAGCUGGUGAAUUGACAAAUGUGCGUCAACUACACUACAUUGCCAAAAGUAUGUGGACACCUGCUCGUCGAACAGACUGCCAGAUGGUGAAGCGUGAUUCAUCACGCCAGAGAACGCGUUUCCACUGCUCCAGAGUCCAAUGGCGGUGAGCUUUAUACCACUCCAGCCAACGAUUUGCAUUGCGCAUGUUGAUCUUAGGCUUGUCUGCGGCUGCUCGGCCAUGGAAACCAAUUUCAUGAAGCUCCCAACGAACAGUUAUUGUGCUGACGUUGCUUCCAGAGGCAGUUUGGAACUCAGUAGUGAGUGUUGCAACUUCAGCGUCUGGCGGUCCCGUUCUGUGAGCUUGUGUGGCCUACUACUUCGCGGCUGAGCCGUUGUUACUCCUAGACGUUUCCACUUCACAAUAACAGCACUUAAAGUUCACCGGGGCAGCUCUAGCAGGGACGAAAUGUAACAAACUGACUUGCUAGAAAGGGGGCAUCCUAUGACUGUCACUGAGCUCUUCAGUAAGGCCAUUCUACUGUCAAUGUUUGUCUAUGGAGAUUGCAUGGCGGUGUGCUCGACUUUAUACACCUGUCAGCAACAGGUGUGGCUAGAAUAGCCGAAUCCACUAAUUUGAUGGGGUCCACAUACUUUUGUAUAUAUAGUGUAUCAACAACCAUCAUAAUCUCAUCACAUAAUACAGUAUGAAAAAUCCAUGUCCAUGAUCAACCCCUUUUGUUCAUUCUUAAAUUUGGUCUGAUUGCCUUUCUAUUUUUUUAACUAAGUGUUUUUUAAAUUAAGCUAAAUCAUUUGUAACUUUUAUAUGGUAUAUUGGAACUUUUUCCAUCCUAUAUUUAUUUAUUUAUUAAUUAAUAUACAAUUUAUUUUAUUUAAUUAUCAGAUGUUUCUGUAUUUAUUAUUCUGUUUCAUUCUCUGUAAUGCACUUUUAUUUAUCAUAGUGUCAUUCAAGUUGUUUCUAAGAAAUGAUUUCCAAACAGAAGAAUGUGUUUGGCAAUCGGUACAACACCUUUUCAAUACGAGCAAUACAGUCAGUCACUGGAGCAGAAUGAGAUUAUCAGUAGGCUUGUUAUUAGACUUUCUGUGUGCUACCACACAUUUUUUAGUCUAUAGCCUAUUAGGGUACAAAACUGAAAAGUCUUAUUGGCCUUGUGUCUUGUUGAAUACAUAACCCAAAGUAUUAUUGUUGCCAUUGGGUUUGGAUUUUGCUUCAACUGUCUUAGCCCAUAUGAAUGGAUUUUUCAACCAAAAAAAAAAGGUUCUUACCAAAUUGAUGUAGUCGUAGCCUAUGUCUGUGAGUGCAUAUGACAUACUGACAUAUUUGGUUUCCAGCAACUAAAAGGUUUGCCAUUUGUCUUGCUCAAUUGACUAUAUUUGACGUGAUCAUAGAUCAAGUGCGGGGGUAAGUCCUUAGUGUUAUAGAAGACAAUUGUCAAAUCAAUUUGUCACACAAACACAUUGCCUUAUUAUUUAUUGACAAAGUACAAUAAAGAGGGUUUUUAAAAGAUUUUGUGGUUUUU